GCGGAGGGAGGUGUUUCUGUCAGUUCCGGCUGUUUGUUCGGGAAGUGGAUCCGCCGCGGCCGGAGCAGCCCGGAGGGAGCUGCGGAACGCGAGGCCCCAGCGACCGCGCCCGCCCGCCCGCGCCCGCCCGCCAUGGCCCGGGACUACGACCACCUCUUCAAGCUGCUCAUCAUCGGCGACAGCGGUGUUGGCAAGAGCAGUUUGCUGUUACGCUUUGCAGACAACACUUUCUCAGGUAGCUACAUCACCACAAUUGGAGUCGACUUCAAGAUUCGGACGGUGGAGAUAAAUGGGGAGAAAGUGAAGCUGCAGAUCUGGGACACUGCUGGCCAGGAGCGCUUCCGAACCAUCACCUCCACGUAUUAUCGGGGGACCCAUGGGGUCAUUGUGGUUUACGAUGUCACCAGUGCCGAGUCCUUUGUCAAUGUCAAGAGGUGGCUUCACGAAAUCAACCAGAACUGUGACGACGUGUGCCGGAUAUUAGUGGGGAAUAAAAAUGAUGACCCCGAACGGAAAGUGGUGGAGACAGAAGACGCUUACAAGUUUGCUGGACAGAUGGGGAUCCAGUUGUUUGAGACCAGUGCCAAGGAGAACGUCAACGUCGAAGAGAUGUUCAACUGCAUCACAGAGCUGGUCCUCCGAGCAAAGAAAGACAAUCUCGCCAAACAGCAGCAGCAGCAGCAGAACGACGUGGUGAAGCUCACGAAGAACAGCAAACGAAAGAAACGCUGCUGCUAACAGCCCCGCCC